AUGACAUCUACAUAUGAUCCCGAUCUUCCCACCUACGAGGAGGCCCAACUACAGGCGCAACUAAAUAACCAUCCGCAAGAUAACUCGCAACGCUUAUCAGAGAAUCCCCCAGCGUUACCCCGAAGGACCAAUACUAGAAGACGACCGCCACCGCUACCGGAGAGGCCCAUUGAGACAAGCAGCAGCAGCGAACAGCUAGAUGAUAAUAAAGAACUGGAUAAUAGUGACUCGCUACAAACAGGCGAUCAACCGUUCUGGAAAUUUCAUAUUCAGUGCUUCGGAGACGAUAUGUACUUAAGUACCAACCCCACAAUGAGACACUUACAAUGCCGAAGUAUGCCCGGAUACUUCAUGAGCAUAGAAAAAGAACCUCAAGGGUUCACUAUAAACUUAGAGGAGUUUGAGACUGGCGCCCUGAUUAUGAGAUUCAAGAAGCUUGAUGAGAAAACAUUCAAGUUCAAGGUACGCAGGUCAAGGAAAGUGGAAAAUGGAGAAAUUGUCGUGCUAGAGACUCCAGAUCCUGUUUUUGAGGGAACAAUUAACAAAACAAGAAUACAUCCCAUGUUCUUUCCGAUUCCGCCGCCUUAUGAGAUGAAGUCAUACGAAGUGGAGGGUAUCGAUGGCCUGAGAUGGGACGUAGGUUCAAUUCCGAGGGCCAAGAUGAAGUGGUCACUUUCACACCGUUCAGAGGCCCCGAAGUACGUCGGCAAGCGAAAUGUGUACUUCCAUCGCAAUUUCAUGGCCAGGAAUACCAAAAUGCAAGAUGCUCAAUUUCCACCUGUAACAGCAGCAUUUCGCCCCUGUGAGUCUAAAAUGAGAAAACGAGCUAUACGAUCAAUCACCCGUCUACUGAAGCUUGAAGAUGACUCGAAACUGACUCCGUAUGAGGCCGAAGGGGACCCCUUUUCACAGCGCAAACCCUACUUCAAAUGUGGAGAUGGCCUUUACGAUGAGCAAUUCCCAAAGGACGAUGAUCCAGACCAUCAUUUUAAAUUGGGAUGGCUCACAGUAUUUGAAGAUGAGCAGCUUUUCAGCAAAAGUGGAAUGUUCGACUUGGUCGUUGGAUCCACCGUGGUAGUCGCUUAUGAUCAAGAGAUGCACAAAUAA